AUGUGCCAAUUGAUUUCUUGUUUUGGAUAUAGGUGGGAUACUGAAUAUCAGUAUUACAACAAGUUUGAAUUGACAUCUAACACUCUUAAAACAAUCGAAAGACCUUCACAUGGUGAAUUUUAUACUGUGAAAUCGGUCAGAUUGUUGAAACCUGGCAGGUAUUACAAGUGGAAGAUUAAAUUGGAUAAUUAUCAUCCUGAAAUUGUUUCAAAUUCAAUCAAAAUAAUGAUUGGAAUUGAAUCUCUCAAUUUCUUCCCUUUCAAUGAUCAACGUAGUGGAGAGGUCAUUGGCUGGCAAUCAGAAUCAAAGGGAAUUGCUUCAAUUACCGGAACCAAAGAAAUUAUCCAUGCAGUUUUAAGCGACAAACACACAUGUUGCAAGUUGGAACAAAACUUUGAAACUGGUGAUAUCAUUCAAAUAGAAUUUGAUUUAACAAAUGUUCCAAAUGUUAUCCCAUUCCAACAUACUACAAAUAGAUAUUCUGAUAUAGAGGAUGAUGUUAAAUAUAUGGGAUUAGUGAGGUUUAGUCUAAUUAGAGACAAAACAAAUCAAGAAUUGAGACCUUGGUAUCCAUUUGGUGAUGUGAGAUUUGCUCCCUUCGUUCCAGCAGUUAGUGUAAGCAGUGGACAAACUCUUUCAUUUGUUUAA